CUUGGCUGCAGGUGGCUGCGUCGCGCGCUGGAAGCAGGAGGUGCGCCCGGAGCUCGCGCUGGCGGUGGCGAUGAAGGAGACUUGCGGAAAUUAUUUGGAGAACCAGCCGCAGAGGCACUACGGGGUCACCGCUCCAAUUAGCUUGGCUCCUCCGAGGGAAAUAGAUUACAUCCACACACAGAAGCUGGUUGAAGCCAUGAAGCCUUUUGGUGUAUUUGAAGAUGAGGAAGAGCUUGGUCGCAGGGUAGCUGUUCUCAGUAAGCUAAACAAUUUGGUCAAAGAGUGGAUUGUGGAGGUUGCGGAGAAGAAGAACCUCCCAUCUUCAGUCUCAUCACGUUGUGGUGGCAAGAUUUUUACGUUUGGUUCCUAUCGGCUUGGAGUCCACACAAAAGGUGCUGAUAUAGAUGCUCUCUGUGUUGCCCCUAGACAUGUGGAAAGGUCAGACUUCUUCCAGUUGUUCUCUGAGAAGCUAAAGCUCAAAGAUGGCAUCAGGAACUUAAGAGCAGUAGAAGAUGCAUAUGUACCAGUCAUCAAGUUUGAAUUUGAUGGUAUUGAGAUCGAUCUGGUCUUUGCGAGGCUGGCUGUGCCAAUCUUGUCUGAUAACCUGGAUCUUCGGGACAACUCGCACCUGGGAAGCCUCGAUAUAAGGUGUAUUCGGAGCUUAAAUGGUUGCAGAGUCACUGAUGAAAUACUUCAUUUAGUACCAGACAAGGAGAACUUCAGGCUGACGCUCAGAGCAAUUAAACUGUGGGCAAAACGGCGUGGGAUUUAUUCAAAUAUGCUGGGAUUUCUUGGUGGCGUUUCUUGGGCCAUGCUGGUGGCAAGGACGUGUCAGCUGUAUCCGAAUGCCUUGGCCUCGACGCUGGUUCAUAAAUUCUUCCUGGUUUUCUCCAGGUGGGAAUGGCCCAAUCCAGUCUUGUUGAAAGAGCCCGAAGAGAGCAACCUCAACUUGCCAGCCUGGGACCCCAGGGUAAAUCCAUCAGACAGGUAUCACCUGAUGCCCAUCAUCACCCCAGCGUAUCCACAACAGAACUCCACGUAUAAUGUGUCAACUUCAACCAGAGCAGUAAUGGUAGAGGAAUUCAAAUAUGGUCUUGUGGUUACAGACGAGAUUCUUCAAGGAAAAUCAGACUGGUCAAAGCUGCUUGAGCCGUCCAACUUCUUUCAAAAGUACAAGCAUUACAUUGUGUUGACUGCCAGUUCCUCAACUGAAGAGCACCAUUUGGAAUGGGUCGGCCUGGUCGAAUCGAAAAUCCGCGUGCUUGUUGGAAACAUGGAACGGAAUGAAUGCAUCGCAAUCGCCCAAGUAAAUCCUCAGUCCUUCCCGGGGAGUAAGGAAAAAUUCAAAGAGAGCGACUUUGUGUCUGUAUGGUUCCUUGGGAUAAUUUUUAAGAAAGCAGAGAAUGCAGAGAGCGUCUGCGUUGACUUAACCUACGAUAUCCAGUCGUUCACGGACACAGUUUAUAGGCAGGCAAAUAAUAUCAGCCUGUUGAAAGAAGGCAUGAAGAUCGAAGCUACUCACGUGAGGAAGAAACAGCUCCACUAUUACUUGCCUGCAGACGUCUUGCAGAAGAGAAAGAAAAGUAUGCCAGACAUAGGCCAACACAUUGGUGGACCUGUGUUGAGAAACACAUCUGCGGACGACGGCUACUUGGGCAGAUACAAGGACGUAGGUGUUGGGACACAAUCCAGGGCUUUUCCCCCUUUCGGCAGCAUGGCAAAACCCAGCAGCAGUUCUUCAAAAGAAGCUGGAAGGAAUGCUGUCUUUCAAAGAACCACCAUCUAUACUAACAGAGAGAAACCACUGAACGUCCUUCAGCCUUUGAUGUCUUCUCAAGAGCCGGAUUCCACAGUUGCAGAUAACAUGGGUGAACCUUCUCCAAGCACCUACAGUCUCUCCAAGGCUGCAGAGCAAAAUGUGGCUCCCACAACUGCCCAUAACCAUCAGCAACAUCUGGAUGGAGUGGCUUCUGCAAGCGUGAAAAACAUUUCCGUGAACAAAAGAGGCCACGCACCUGCCUUGCAAGACGGGUUCAAGCGACUGAAAGAUGUAGAAAGGCACAGCCUCGACGAGACCAUGCUGGUUCCAACUUCUGCCACAUUAAGAUCACAGCGGCUUUCCAGCAAAGAGUUACCGGAUUCAUCCUCUCCGAUUCCAGCAAGCGGAGUUCGUGUUGUUAAAAACUCCAUCAGGCUGACGCUCAACCGAUAGCAGGCACCUCUUCGGGCCAUGGUGCUGCACCAUCUGAACUAUUGCCAAAAAUAUAUAUAUUCCAAGAUGCUAUUGCCCAACAUCCAUGGCCCCGUGCGCUUGUGAUUUGGAUAUUUGUUCCCUUGGACUGUGUCUACUUCAUGUUCACUGUGCGGAUGCAGAGCUUCAUUUUAAGUCUCGUGUUGUCUUGAGUGGAAAACGUCUUUUGUUAUAAAAAUCCCAAAAAAAAGUCUUGUGCCUAUUUUUCCUAAAAAGGGGUGUCAUGCAGACAGCUUGGCUAUGGUGGACUUCCACUGGGUUGCACAGUAUUACAGGCAGUCUGAAUCUCCCCCCUUAAAACAUACUCUUUACACAGUUGGCAGCUCUAAUCAGAAAACCCACGAGCAAUUUUAGCGGCGUGGAAAGGUGGAGACUGCUCCACUAAACUGAUAGACUUCAUGAAUUAGGUGGUUCUUGUGAAAUUGACUGGAAUAAUGUUACGCACAGUAGAAUCCGUGUGUGUCAGGGGUGCUUCUCCUUUUAAAAGGCAAACUUGUAGAAUUAAGCACCUGUACCUAUGCACUGUGUUCAUGUUCCAUAAAAACUGCUUCCCGUGGAGGCCCACAAAACGAAAACCUAGGACACAAUCCACCCAUAGUUUAAGAACAUAAAUGCUCCAUGGAUCGUAAUGAGAGUUGAGCAUGGCUUUCUCUCACUACUCCUCUUCCCUGUCCUAUUUGAAAUCCAUGAGAGUUAAAUGUGAUUCAGUUUUAAUUGGAUUGCACUCUGGGUUUUUUUU